AUGCGUCAGGAAGAGUCCCGCGAAACGCCGCCACCCCCGCAAGUGGAAGAGCAUCCGCUGACAGGACCCGGUCGGCUUGGCAUCCCAAUCAGUGAUGAUUCCUCUGAGGACGAGAUGAGCCAAAUACGAGCCCUCGAGGAAGAUCAAGUACGUUUUCCGGCUGAAAAGGCAGCGUUUCGUGUGAAUUCUCCGAAUAACAGACUAACCAACGUUUUGCUCUCCUCUCUUUUCUUCGCACAACUCUCUUCGUCUCUUUUUUGGAAUCCUUGGUCUCUUGACUCCACAUUAUAUUUCCAAAUCGUUUUGUGGAUUCAGAGAAAAAGCAAUUAUUUGUUCUGUGCGUCCGCUCGUUUCCAUAGAAACCAAGAAAAUCGGUUUAAACGGGGCCACCGCAGCAGUGUAUGUAGAAAGGGGCAGAUGGUGGCCGCUUGGGCGGAUUUCGCAAUAAGAAAAGAAAAUAAGAUUUCGGUUGUAUUGGCUGGAUUUCUCAGGGCAUAUACUACCACGAAGAGGUUGUCGUUUCGCCGAAGAACGAGAGUGACGACGACAUCCCACUGCAACGAUUCCAGCUGAGCCAUCCAACGGCAGCGGCGGCAGCAGCAGCGGCUCAGCAACAGUUGAACAAUCGAGCGACGGAACAAACAGUCGACGGCGAGAAUCCAUUCGGAGACGGCGGGCCGAGGAUGGAAAGAAGAAGUGACUUGUUGCUAAAACUACGGUUGAAACAAACCGGCAAUGUGUUUGCAGGGUCUGUGAGAUUCACGGGACCGUACGACACGGAGGAAGACGGCCGCAACCAGCACUUCCGGACUCCGUCGCCCGAUAGUCUCCGUUACAUUCAGGUGAACUUUUGUGUCAGCAUUUACAAAGUUCUAGUGGAUGAGAUGAGAGGACGAUGAACAGAAUGGGAGAGAGUGAGAGAGAGAGAGUGCGGCUUAGACCUAUUCAUGUCCGUGUCGGUGCUCGUCCCCAUGGCGAAGAAGCUCUAGAAAACGAGAGAAAGAUUCAUUUGAGAGUACACAAUACGGCAGCAGUUGAAUAUUUGUAGCGGUACCUACUUACUCACAAUCUUUAGCUUCUGCAAGAGUUGAACCUCACGAUCUGAGUGCUCUCUGAAUUACUAUCAGCCAGUUUGCUUUGUUUUUCUCUCAAAAACCCGGACGAGGCAGUGGUAUUUAGCAACGAAUCGUAUCGUAGACUACGGCAACCCACUUCUAAUGAGAACUUUGGUGCCAGGUAGUCCCCCAACAAGCCGAGCGCCGGCAGUCGGUGCUGUAUAAGAACGGCUAAAUCCACGUUCUCUCAUCCCACGUAAUGUAUGGCUUUGGGGGCGGUUUCUCCCUUCUGUUUUGCACAUGUGCUCUCACCGUAUAAUGAAGCUGGCCAGAUGAGCCAGCCCACGCGCGGCAACCCAAUUUCCUAUUUGAACCUUUCCUGCCUAUGAGUUAAAAAAGAGAGUAUGUGUAUUAGGAGGUGGUCCUUUAGGUAUAGAAAGAUAGAUUGGAGGCGGAGAGAGGAGGCCGAUUAGCUCCCCGAAAAGGCAAAUGUUCCCCCAUCGUGCGAGCACUGCCCGCGCCUUUAAUUGAGCCAAUAUUGUCGUUCUGUUCAGUGCAUGACAUUAGUCAUUCUGUCCUAAUUAGCUAUUUGAGGAAUUUCCUUGUGACCCUAACAGCCCUUUUCAGGCAUUGGAAAAUCCGAUGGCGGCCAGUUCGGAUAUGGAAGAGGAGUUCGGUGAUAUGAACAAUGAUCCCUCAGGUAUGGUAAUGUGUGAAGUAUUCUGAAAGAGAGACGCGCGUGAGAGUAAUCCGGCACGGGACUCACCUUUUAUUGAUUGAUGCCGAAAGCGCGUGAGGCCUGAAAAUGUUCACUGCUGUUAGACUUUAAGCGAAACCCACUCGUAAUAGAAUGCAGUUACUGGGGGACUAGAGUAAAAUGGUGAAAGUUAUCUAGUACCAUGAAUAAAGUCUGAAACAUAAUCAAGCAGGUGGUUUAUGUUUCGAAUCGCAAUUUUGCACGUUUCUAGCUACAGAUUUUCAAAUUCAUUACUUUCCACACACUGCCUCUUUCUUAAGCACUUCAUGUGUCCUUGUACUGAUUAGAUCCACUCGUGGAGCUUUAAUGGGACUUCGCACCAUGUUCCCGUGUUAUCAUCGAAGUUUUGAAAUGAACUCAAUCUUGUCGAUUCACAUUGUUCAUGAUGAAUUAAAAGUUUCCGAUUCCAUACUAGCUUUUAGACUCGCUUUUAAACUACAGACUAUUCUAGAUCUUUCCUAGAAACCCAAAACUGUGAAAACCGAGAUCGCAUAUUUUGCAAUGAUUUGAUAUCAGAGUCUUUCAGAAGUUCGGUCGCUAGGCUCCCCACCGGCCUACACCAGUGGAGACGAGGGAUCGAAGAGUCCGGCACAGAACUCCGCUGGAGGACCAAGUCGGUACCACAAAAGUUAUCAGAAAUCCCAAUUUAAUAUUGCAGAUAAGAGGCAAGGAUCUCUGAACGAACUGUUCAUGAGCAAGGUUUCUCAACCAUUUCAUAAUAUGAUUCGCAGAGCGAGUCGUCUCGAGAAGGACAGUAGCAACGAGGACGACGAUGAUGAAGACGAUGACGACGAUGGUUCGGUUUUCAGCGCAAUUGCUUGUUAGGCAUUGGCAAUUAGAUUCGUAGAAUUGGCUGGAUUAGACUAUAUUGCGUGAGGUUACUCACCCUGACAGGCAGCUUUGAGUGCGUGUCCUUUUCCUUUAGCCUAAAGAAGCAAGAGGUCAUUUGAGCGGUAAAAUUUUCAGAAUUUGAGAAAGAGAAGUCCCCCCUCCCAAAGAUUGUCAUAGUAUUCCCGAUGUACUCCGGAUAUAUGAAUUUCAUUUGAUUUCCGUUGGAGUCUUAUCAGGCACGUGAUACUUCUCCCCCAGAGAAUUGUUAGGUAGACAAGGCCGCAAACUUUUGAGCAAUGACUAGUAAUUACGGAGCACAGACCAUGAAAACAUAGCCAAUCAGGUUUUGUCGAGAGCUUACAACUUCGAUUCCAAAUAUUAUGUCUACUCAUAAAAAAACUGAAGUCGUGUAUGCUCACAAUUAUCCGGUCGACGUAGACGGAGUGGACUAUGCUUACGACGGAGCAUUCGCUCUAGCCCGUAGUCCUGUAGUCAAGAAGAAAACAGAAGCGGGGGUAUCACCAGCCCCUCCAUGUUCACCGUCAACUAAUGCUAACCUUUUACCUCCAUUGAUAUCUUAUCCCCCAAAAUACACAUCUGAUUCCGAUUCGGAUCAUGAACAACAAACCAGUUCAGACUAUACUGAAGAUGAGAUUGCAAUUCUCACUUAUAUCGAUAGUUUCAAACCGCAAGAGACGGAAAUGCGUCCGCAAUUUCGUCCAUUCACUAUUGAAUACAUCCCGUGCAUGGGGGAUGUCGACCUAUUCAUCAAGGUGCCGCGACCGGACGAAGUAAGCGCCGAAAUUCCUAUCACGCAAACAUGUUUAUGCUCGUGAAUUUUAGAUUGACGAUAAUGUGGGGCUCACCCAGAUUGACGAGCCACCUUGCAACCAGAGUGAUGGCACUAUAGUCGGAAUGCAAAUCCGAAACGCCACCAAGGAUUCGACUAUUUUGGAUGACGAAGUUCCGGUCAAACUGCUCGAGAACGCCGACGAGAAUCCCGACGAGAUUAAAAAGUGGAUUGCCAAUAUCAAGGUAACAUUCUUCCUAUUGUUUGUGAUGUAUGUAACAAUCAAAUUGUUCUUUCAGGAAUUUCAUAAGAGCAAGCCAGCUCACACUGUUCAUUAUCGCACGCAGUUGCCGGACAUUGAUACACUGAUGCAGGAGUGGCCGGGAAAACUGGAAGAUGUUCUCAAGAAAGCAAAGGUAGAGUGGAGUCGAGUGACACCCAUCAAUUGUGAUGUGACGUCAAAUGAGCAAUGUUUUUCUUUCAGGCCCCAACUGCUGAUCUGGAUAUUCCAUUGGAAAAGUUUGUGGACAUUUGUCUUAACCUGUUGGACAUUCCCGUUGGAAAGAGCCGCAUCGAAUCCCUUCAUCUGAUGUUCUCUCUGCUCAAUGAGUUCAACAAUUCCCAGCAUUUCCGCAAUCUGGCACAAAACAACAAUCUUGGCGGAGAGACGGGGGAGACGAUGGACAGACUCGAACUCUGA